AUGGCAAAGCGAUGGGGGACACACACACACACACACACACACGACGACAAGCGCAAAAAGUUCAGCGGUCAACCACCACCACCAAGAAAAGCGCAGGCGGGCAGGCGAGAAAUAAGAGACACAAGAGACAGACUUGAACACACACACACCCUUCUCUCUCUCUCUCUCUCUCUCUCUCUCUCUCUCUCUCUCUCUCUCUCUCUCUCUCUCCCUCUCUCUUUCUCUCUCUCUCUCUUUCUCUCUUUUCUCUCUUUCUCUCUCAAGCUCUCACUCAAGCUCUCACCUCUCAAGCUCUCUUUCUCUCUCUCUCAAGCACCUCUCCUACUCUCCCUCUCUCUCUCUAAAAUGUCUGACAAAAGUGCCAAAACGACAGAUGCUCCAGCAUUCUCUCUCUCUUCGGAUGAGUGUGUGUGUGUGUGUGUGUGUGUGUGUGUGUGUGUGUGUGUGUGUGUGUGUGUGUGUGUGUGUGCUACCCGGGCACGGCUCUGCCACGGACAGGCGAGCUAUUUAACCUUGCAUUACUGCCUUUUCAAGCAUUUUGGCCAAGGGCCAGUCAAGCGCCAACCCUCAGCCCCUGGCGGUGAAAGUUGCAUUGCGACCCAUCACCAUGGCGCGCUGGGGCCUGGCACAGCAGCGGACCCCCCAGACCUUCCCGCCGAUACUGCGAACGGUGGUCUUGCAUAUAACACGUUUGAGGAUGCCGCCAAUACGCUGCCCCCGGCUGAAAACGCGGACCAAGAAGAUGGUCUCACAACUAGCAUGGAGGAAAACAAAGACCAACUGGUGCCAGGCCAGGCGCUCGAUGCAAAUGAAAAGGCGCAGGCUGACGACAUGAAAGCACACCUGUCAACUGAAGAUGGUAGAAGUGACGUUGAGAGUGUCCUGUCGGCCGAUCAAGCGACCAACCCCAACGAUGAUGAAGCUCGUGAAGAGGCUGCAGAAAAUGCCUAUGUCGCCGACGGGAAUGACAAAGCGCUUGCCGUCGAAGACAAGGAACUUGUUCAUGCAGCGGCUGCUGGUGAAGAGAAGACUGCAUCUGCUCUUGAGGAAGGCGAAGCCGAGGUUAUUGCGGCCCAUUCCAGUCUUGACACUGCCACGAAUGGUGUCGACGGCACCGAGACUGCCGGUGGCCCUGACAAUGGUGCUGCUGACGGCUUCGUCGAGAAUGGUGCUGCUGACCGCGCCAUGAAUGCGCUUGCAGGCGCACAUGAAACAUCUGCUCAGAGUUUUGCCGACGACACCAAGGGCACGGCGACAGACGCAGCGGAUGACGACGACGACUACGGCCAGGUUGAACGAGAAGAGACGCAACAGGCCGCUCAAAAUGACGCAGGUGCAGUGCCGGCAGGUGAUUCGCUUACUCAAAUGAUGGAGGAGGCUGAUCCCGUACAAGUAGCCCAAGAAGAACGGAUGCAGGAGGCUGAUAAGGCGUUUUUAGUUGAACCAGAGGAUCCCGACGAUCGAGAAUCAGAAGCAAAAGCACAGCCCGACAGCAAUGCCCUUCUUUUUCCAGCCGGUCAAAAGCCAGCAGUGGAUGGAGAAUCACCUCUCGCCGACGGUGACACAAAGAACGCCGCCCAACAAUCCAAUGACGGCUUUGCCUCAGAAGACAAUGGUGCCUCCGAUCCUAACAACGGUUUGUCUUCCCAAGUUGAUCACACGCCAUCUUCAGAAAGCGCUGGGGCCGCAGAUCGUGUGGCAACUGAAACUCGAGCAAGUGAAACUGGUGUCACGUCGGUUUCAAACCCAAACGAACCCUCUCAAACAGAUAUCCCCGCUGAGCAGACCGACGAUGCCCCCGCUGAGGAGACCGACGAUGCCGCCGCUGAGGAGGCCGACGAUGCCCCCGCUGAGGAGACCGACGAUGCCGCCGCUGAGGAGGCCGACGAUGCCCCCGCUGAGGAGACCGACGAUGCCGCCGCUGAGGAGGCCGACGAUGCCCCCGCUGAGGAGGCCGACGAUGCCCCCGCUGAGAAGACCGACGAUGCCCCAGCUUCAAAAGGGCAAUGGGAAGAUGAUGCGGCUAUCUCGAAGACCGACGACGCUUCGCUAGACGAUGCCAAUCCCCUAGGGGAUGGGGAUUCACCCUGGAGCAAGAGGCCGCUGAACAAAGAAGACUUGCAAAGUAAUAGGCCAGCACAAGGUGGUGACCAUGAAUGGCCUGCCGAUUCGCGUUUCGACACGGGCAAUGCUCCCGACCGAGAGCUUGAGAAUCAAGGCGAAAAAAGCAUGACAGAACGGGGUGCUGCUGAGCAGUACCCUGACGAAACAGCUGGCGGGCAUGAUAACAUGCCAGGUCAAGAGCCCGAGCAAGACGGAAACGCGCAAAAGAGUGAUGGCUACAACAACGCCUGGCAAAUGGAGAACCCAGAACGAAGCAACCCCAAUGGCUGGCGCAGCGAUGAGCAACCGGACGCCGGGCGGCCCGACAUGCAUGCGUUUGCCGUUGAAAAGAAGUUUGAUUCCGGGUUGAAUUCUUUGGAAAGCGCGACCCACGCGCCCAUCGAGGGUGAAGAUGAGCUUGCCGAUGAACAAAGCUCCACUUCCUCCCUUCUGCUCACUUUGACUGUUUUUGCUCUAAUCGGUGUUGCUCUUGUGUACCAAAGAAAGGUGCGCCACAUUCUCGGAAUUGGAAAUCAGCGCGCGGGUCGUGGCUCCAGCAACUACUCACGGCGUCAACAUCGCAAGUAAUCGCCCAUGUCUCCCACAUGGCUGGGCUUGUUCCCGUCAAAAGCAAUCCGGACAACCAAUCGAAGGAUCGAUUCUAUUGGCCUUUGCAU